CACACACACACACACACACACUCACACACAUGCAUUCAGUCUGUCGCUCUCACAGAUACCAUUAGCACAGCUCUGGUGGAAAUAGAACGAUAAAGAAAGAGAGAAGAGGCUAAAAAGAAAAACAAAGAGGGGAAAAGGUGGAAUAAAGAACAGAAAAACCAAACUACUCCUCAGACUACAGAAUGCAGCAGCAGUGGGUCUGUGUGGCUUUGCUCGCCCUCCUGACUGUCACGACGACACUGGCAGAUGGUGGGAAAACAGAGAAACAAGGAAAGAAAGAGCGUAAAUCUGACUGUGGCGAGUGGCAGUGGAGUGUGUGUGUGGCUAACGAGGGCGACUGUGGCCUGGGCACCAGAGAGGGCACUCGCACCGGCACCGACUGCAAGCAGACCAUCAAAACACAGCGCUGCAAGAUCCCCUGCAACUGGAAAAAGCAGUUUGGAGGAGAGUGUAAGUAUGAUUUCCAGGCGUGGGGGGAGUGUGAUUCGACCUCGGGAAUGAAGACGCGCACCGGUGUGCUAAAACGAGCGCUGAUGGAUGCUAACUGUCCAAACUCUGUUAGCGCCACCAAACCCUGCGGCAAACCCAAGAGCAAGAUGCAAGAUUCACAGAAACCAAAACGAGACGGAAAGAAGAAGGAGCGAAACCCGGCGGACUAAAGAAGCUCCUCAGAUGAUGACCUCUAACACUAGAUCUAGAUCAUUAUAGCUCACAGAAUAACACAUCAGUGAUUAAAAGAAGGGAAAUGAGUCUACUAAAAUCUUCUAAUGUUGACCCACAAUAUAAAUUAGUGCAUUCUGGGAAAUGAAGUCUAUAAAAGUUAAUAAAUACAUUAUUAUUUUCUUUGUAUGUGGCAUUUUAAACAUUGAUCAUCUUAAGUUUCUGAAAUAUCCAAUAAGUGGUAUGAAGGAGAACAUAUGUAAAUUGAUACUAAUGCAUCAUUAGAAACUGGAACUGUCACAUUAGAAUUCUACUUCCUGUUUGGAACUCCAUGAAGAUUCUAAACUCCGGGCAGCUGAGAAGAAACUAAUGCUUUCAAACUCUUUACAGUCAAUAAAUACAUUAAUUAUA